AUGUUCAGUUUCUUCUCUGGGCAGCCUCAGGCGCCUCAGCGUGUACCGACCGACGUGGUUGUCCCCGUCGGCUUCUUUGACGAUACGAUCAUCUUCAGGACGUUUGUUCUGUAUACCCUGUUUGUUUUCGACGAUGUACUGGAUCCCGAGAGAUUACGAAGCUCCUUGGAACGGGUCGUGAGCCGCCCUGGCUGGAAGAAGCUGGGUGCUCGGCUGAGAAAGAAUGAUCGUGGAGAACUUGAGCAUCAUAUACCAGCCAGCUUCUCCCCAGACCGCCCUGCAGUGGGGUUUGACCAUGUGAACCACAGCGACUUGGCCGUGAAGGAUCAUCCCGCGGCAUCACACAUACCCCGUCCUCCCCGCGAUGGCCGACCGGCACUUGUGGGAGAUCCUGAUAAGCUGUCGGAUCUGAUCUAUGGCCCUGAAGUGCCAACGAAGCUCGAUGACUACAUCUACACCGACCGUCCUCAGCUUGGUCUACGUAUUGUCUCGUUCAAGAACUCGACGGUCGUCGUUCUUCAUUGGAUACACCUCGCCUUUGAUGCGACGGCAAAACGAGCUCUCCUCGAUGCCUGGAUGCUGGCGCUCCAGGGCAGAGAAGACGAGAUCCCUGAGCCGCUUGGUCCAGACGAGUAUAUCCUGGAGAAUGUCGGCAAGAAUCCCACAGAGCCCCAUGUUCUCGCCCAGCACCAUGUGUCCAAGCCCGGCCUUGUCUGGUGGGCGCUUCAAAAUUCCUACAACUUGAUCAUCAGGAAGAAGGAGCAUCGUAUGCUCUGCAUGCCUGCUGAGUAUCUUGAAAAGUUGAGAGUCAAGGCUGUCGCGGAACUUGCUGCUCAGGCGCCCCCUGACAACGAGAAGUGGGAAGUUCCGUUCCUGAGCGAGGGAGAUGUCCUCGUGGCUUGGGUAUCUCGACUGGCAAUUUCUAAUCUCCCUGCGAACUCAGAGAGACCCAUUGCUGUGCAACAAGCCUAUCAAUGGCGUCCAAUUCUGAAGGAUCUGAUCCCCGAAAACCGGCCGUUCCUCAGCAACUGCGUCGGCUUCCUCGUCACUCUGAUGCCGGCCAAAGACGUGCUCCAGAAGCCACUCAGCUAUCUGGCAUCCCAGAUCCGCCGCUCAAUCAAGGAGCAGGGCUCUCGCGAACAAGUCGAGGCCUACACGUCGCUGAUCCGACUCGAUCCAGCAAACAGGGCGCCUCCGUUCUUCGGCAGCAGCUCGAUGCAGCUGCUCAUGUUCUCCAACUGGCAAAAGGCCAACAUGUACGGGACCGAUCUGUCGGCGGCGGCUGUGACGCCGCGCAGCACGCCGCUUACACCAUCGUAUGUACAGAGUGUGCAGGGCCCGUACAGCUUCUCUGAUGGAAUCAUCAUUGUGGGGAAAGACGCCGAGGGUAACUACUGGCUAUCUGGACAUAGAGGCCAGGGUCUGUGGGAGAUGAUGGAGAAGAAGAUGCAGGAGGAGGUGAUCUGA